AUGGCUGAGCUAUCAUCUGUGAUUGGCAGCAUGUCUCCUUCUUCCAUCAAUCAAGAACGACAAGCAUUGCUCCACAGUGGUUGGUGGAAUGAUUACCAAAAUAUCUCAUCAGACCAUUGUCAUUGGCCGGGUAUCUUUUGCAAUGAAGCUGGAAGUGUUACUUACAUUUACAGUGGGUCCAUGAAGAUUCCUUCAUCAAAAGAAUUGCUUUGGAUUGUGAACUUAAAUAUCACUGCCUUCCCCAAUUUAGUGAAUUUGGAUCUAAGUGGAAUGGGUCUUAGAGGAAGCAUCCCCACAGAAAUAGGCUCACUUACAAACCUUACCUCUCUUGUCCUGUCCAACAAUCGUCUCCAAGGUUCAAUCCCUCCUACUUUAGGUCGAUUGGAGAAAUUGGUACAUCUCUAUCUUCAUUCUAAUCAAAUAGAAGGCCACAUACCCGAAGAAUUAGGAAAUUUGUCCAGAUUGGAACUUUUGCAACUAUCUCAUAAUAAGAUUUCGGGUUUAUUACCUCCAAAACUUUUGGAAAUGGACCAAAUGUCUUCUUUAAAUCUCUCGUCAAAUCAAUUAUGUGGUUCAAUCCCAUUAAAAACCAUGAGAUGUCCCUUUGCUUCAAUAGUUGAUUUGAGCCAUAACUUGUUUAAUGGAAACAUAACCUCUCAAAUUGGUUGUGUACAUGACCUUAAUCUUAGUCACAAUUUUCUUGAUGGUGAGAUUCCAUUUCUUUUUACAUGGAGCUCCGAACUUAGUCGAUUGGAUCUCAGUUAUAAUAAUCUCUCAGGUAAAGUACAUAAGGAACUUGCUAGUCUAUCAUACAUAAACCUUUCGUACAAUUCCUUUGAUUUCUCACAAAAUCUUAACUCAGUAUCAGAGGUACCAAACUACUGUUUUUUUCAUGAAGAUUCAUUAAUCAAUGAUCACCGCAUGCCCAAUUUCACAUACUGCCACUUGCUCAACCAAACAAAUGCUCAAACUAGGAAAAGUAAGCUUGUAAUCAUGUUAAUUGUCCUUCCUAUCAUUUUCUUCAAUCUUUUACUACUCCUUUCAAUAUUAUAUUUCUCAAGAUGUAAGCCUAAGAAAAAGUGUGAAGGAAUAGCAACAAAGAAUGGAGACUUGUUUUCUAUAUGGAACUAUGAUGGUAAAAUUGCAUUUGAGGAUAUCAUUGAAGCAACUGAAGACUUUGACCUCAAGUACUGUAUUGGGACUGGCGCAUAUGGCAGUGUUUAUAGAGCACAACUACCCAGUGGAAAUAUUGUUGCGUUAAAAAAGCUCCACCGUGUGGAAUCUCAAAACCCAUCAUUUGACAAAAGUUUUCGGAAUGAGGUGAAGAUGUUAACAGAAAUCCGUCAUAAAAAUAUCGUAAAGCUUCAUGGCUUUUGCCUCCACAACCGGUGCAUGUUUCUGGUAUAUCAAUACAUGGAAAGAGGUAGUCUAUUUUAUAUUUUGAAUAAUGAGGUGGAAGCUAAGGAGCUGAAUUGGAGUAAGAGGGUAAAUGUGAUUAAAGGGAUGGCACAAGCUUUAUCCUACAUGCAUCAUGAUUGUACCACACCAAUUGUUCAUCGAGACGUAACAAGUAGUAAUGUUCUAUUAAACUCACAAUUAGAGGCUUGUGUCUCAGACUUUGGCACAGCUAGACUCCUUGAUCCUGAUUCUUCAAAUCAAACCUUGGUAGUUGGCACCUAUGGCUACAUUGCUCCAGAGCUUGCUUAUACAUUGAGUGUGACAGAAAAGUGUGAUGUUUAUAGUUUUGGAGUGGUGGCUUUGGAAAUGUUAAUGGGAAAACAUCCAAGAGAGUUAAUCUCAUCUUUAUCCAACCCAACUACUCAAAAUAUGUUGGUGAGCGAUCUUUUGGAUUCACGUCUUCCUCUCCCUCUUCAAAAAGAUGCUCCAGAUAUAGAUCUUGUGGUAAAUAUAGCACUAUCAUGUUUAUGCUCCAAGCCAAACUUGAGGCCAUCAAUGCAACAAGUUGCUGAGAAACUCUCUAGUUUCAAAUUACAAAUGCCCUUCCAUGAAGUUUCUAUCCAUCAAGUGAUCGGUCAAGACAUAUUUUAACUUUCAUCUAUGUCUCAAGAAUGACAUCUAGUGUGACAAAAAGUUAAGGGAAUUAACAAUGCUUUGCAUAUUUA